AAAGGAAUGGAACUGAAUACGGAAUGUUGACAAUACCUUUUUUGGGUUGGCAUAUAAAGACGCUUCUGAAAGAAGAGAGAGAGUCCGCCGCACACUCUUUAACUUCUCAAUCCCCAAAUCUUCGAAGAUAGAUUCAGAUCGGAAACGGAAGAAAGACUCUGUCUCUUCGACAGAUCGACCGUCGGAGGAGAAACCAAAGGACAAGAGAGACGAUCACCACAGCAACAAGCACCGUAAGAAGAGCAAGAUGUCGUCGAGAGACCAAGUAAAGGCGUCGCACAUUCUGAUCAAGCAUCAGGGAUCUCGCAGGAAGGCGUCGUGGAAGGAUCCGGAAGGAAAGGUCAUUAUGACCACUACGAGAGAAGCAGCCGCCGAGCAGCUUAAAUCGAUCCGUGAAGACAUCCUCUCUGGCAAAGCUAACUUCGAGGAUGUGGCCACUCGUGUUUCCGACUGUAGCUCCGCUAAACGCGGCGGCGAUCUAGGACCCUUUGGGCGAGGUCAAAUGCAGAAGCCGUUUGAGGAAGCAACAUACGCACUGAAGGUGGGAGAUAUAAGCGAGAUUGUGGACACAGACAGUGGAGUCCAUAUCAUAAAGAGAACGGCUUGAUCUGUUUAUCUCCUUCAUGUAUCAAAAGUUACCAGCUUCCUUGUCUCCUUGGCCAAAGAUGAAGAAGAAUAAGAUAAAAAAAAGCUUUGCUACUGUGGUUUUGAUUCUGCAUCUUUAUAUGGAUUUGAUACCAACCAUACAAAUGAUAAGACAAGAAACUGUAUCUUAAUUUCUUCUCAUAACUUCAUAAUAACGAAUUUCUGCUUUCUUGAA